AUCUGUCAAAUUGAAUCAAACCAUUUUUUGCAUUUAUAAUUUUUGUCUUCUCUUGCUCUGCUUUUUCCAUAAUACCCUGCACCACCAAAAUUCUCCACAUUCUCAUUCCAGUUAUGAAGAACCACCAAUCUCCGCCGCACAAUUCCGGCAAACUUUCCCCUCAAUUUGGGGAUUCCGAUCAAUCUUACUGGUUCGACGACUCCACCAUUCUCGACAUCGAUUACUUCGUCAAAACCCUAGCCGGAAUCAAAGCCAAAGGCGUUCGAAGCGAUUUAAUCGGCUCUGUCAUUACGCAUUACGCUUCCAAAUGGCUUCCAGAUCUCUCCGACGAAACUCUCCAUGAUCAUCAACAGAAGCACUCGAAUUCGACGAAUUUGACUAAUUUUCAGGAAUCGCCAGAGAGUGUAACGAAUUCAUGGAUGAAGAAGAGAUUCUUCGUUGAGACGUUGGUUGGAGUUUUGCCGCCGGAGAGGGAUUUGAUUCCGUGUAAUUUUCUGUUGAGGUUACUUCGGACGGCGAAUAUGGUGGGAGUGGAGCAGCCGUAUAAGGCGGAGUUGGAGAAGAGGAUUACGUGGCAAUUGGAUCAAGCGUCAUUGAAAGAGGUGAUGAUUCCGUCGUUUAGUCACACGUGUGGCACGGUUUUGGAUGUGGAGUUGGUGAUUAGGCUUGUUAAGAGGUUUGUGAGUUUGGAAGACGGCGUUAGGAGCGGCGCCGCCCUGGUUAAGGUGGCGAAAUUGGUGGAUUGUUACCUUGCGGAGGCGGCGAUGGAUUCCAAUUUGGGAUUGCCGGAGUUUAUGGAUCUCGCGGGUGCGUUACCGACCCAUGCUCGAGCCUCCGAUGAUGGAUUGUACCGAGCCAUUGAUACGUAUCUCAAAGCACAUCCGAAUGUAUCAAAGCAAGAAAGAAAGAGUAUAUGCAAACUAAUGGACAGCCGAAAGCUAUCAACAGAAGCCUCACUCCACGCAGCCCAAAACGAGCGUCUCCCGGUCCGAGCUGUUAUCCAAGUCCUUUUCUCGGAGCAGACCAAACUCAACUACCGUCACCUCGAAUGGAGUGGUUCGAUGGGUGGUGGAGGAGGACGAAGCCCCUCCGCCGCCCUCGACCACCUACCAACCAGGUGCCAGUCCAAGAGAGAAAUCACGGCCCAACAAAUGGAAAUCAAGAGGCUGAAGGACACCGUUGUGAGGCUCCAAAACCAAUGCAAUUUAAUGCAGGCUCAAAUGGAGAGGCUGUCCGAAAAGAAGAGGGGGAGUUUUUUUAAGUGGAGGAAAUUUGGGUUUAAGAAUAAUGUUGGGGACUUGGAGAAGCUUGAUGGCGGCGGCGAAGAAGUGGAGGCGGAGGGGUUAGGGAGGCAGACACCGGUGGACAUUAAAACUAAGUUGGUCAAACGUAGGACUCCUACUAAGACAUGGAGGAAAUCUGUGUCUUGAAAAUGUUUUUAAUUCCUUUUUUAAUUAUAUGUUUCUAAUGAUUAUUUCUAAUCUAACUUUAGGUUUGUUUGAAA